AUGGCACAGGAAUUUGUGGAAACUAAACUUAGAGGAGACAAAGUUACAAUAUUUCUCAAACCGUCGUGCCCGUAUUGCGUUACGGCCAAAGAGGUCUUGACAAAGUAUAAAUUCAAAGCUGGGCAUUUAGAAUUUAUUGACAUCACUGGACGGAGCGAUAUGAGUAGUUUACAGGACUACUUUUUGGAGAUAACUGGCGCUCGGACGGUGAGUGUCUUCAUUCGAGUAUUGCCAGUAUUUCAAUUCGUUAUUCCUUUUGUUGUUGUGGUGAGUGAGUGCAACACUGCAUGCAACGUUGUAUCGUCAGUUGGGCGCGAUCUCAAAGAUGGCUGUCACUCAAUUGAUGCUUUUUGAGAACAAAGAGUGCUUUUCGGUGAAUGAGUUCAUGACGAGCGUAAUAUCUCGACGUCUCAAUUUUUUUGUAUAGCAAAAGACCGAUAUACUGUAGUAUAAAAAAUAUGCUGGCUAUUGUACAUGUACAAAAAAAAAAAGUGUUAUUUCAACUGGGAACUCAUGACGUCAGGGAUUUUCAGGUCGGAAAGUCGGAGCUCUAGAAAGAGGCCCGAGUUCACGAGUUGGAUUUCCGAGAUGGAUGACCGUUCAAAUCGAUUUUGCCCAGUCGGAGUUUUUUUUUUUCUCCGAGUUCCCACUUGCUUUGAACGCACAGACCGCGAUCGGAACUCGGAGAUUUCCGAGUUCCCAGUUGUUCUGAACGCGGCAUAACAGUUCGAUCUUCCACCCAAUGACUCGGCAAUCCAUUAACGCUGAUUGGCUUCAAGCUCAUCACAUGUGAAUUUAUUCAGCCGUUCAUAUUCAUUUACUACCCCCUCAUCCGUAUGGAUUCAGAAUUCAUGGUAGCAAAUCGCUCAUGCACAGCUGCACAGUUCGCCUGUCCUCAAGCAGUGGUGGAAAAAGUACCCAAUUGUCAUACUUGAGUCAAAGUAAAGAUACCUUAAUAGAAAAUGACUCAAGUAAAAGUGAGUCACCCAGUAAAAUCCUACUUGAGUAAAAGUCUAAAAGUAUUUGGUUUUAAAUAUAAUUAAGUAUCAAAAGUAAGUGUACUGCUAAAAUAUACUUAAGUAUCAAAAGUAAAAGGAGAUAUCAUUUCAAAUUCCUUAUAUUAAGCAAACCAGACCGCACCAUUUUUAUUUGUUUUUUAAAUUUGGGGAUAGCCAGGGGCACGCUCCAACUCUCAGACAUAAUUUACAAACGAAGCAUGUGUUUAGUGAGUCCGCCAGAUCAAAGGCAGUAGGGAUGACCAGGGAUGUUCUCUUGAUAAGUGUGAAUUAGACCAUUUUCCUGACCUGCUAAGCAUUCAAAAUGUAACGAGUACUUUUAGGUGUCAGGGAAAAUGUAUGGAGUAAAAAGUAUAUCAUUUUCUUUAGGAAUGUAGUGAAGUAAAAGUAUAAAGUUGUCAAAAAUAUAAAUACCCCCAAAAAACUACUUAAGUAGUACUUUCAUGUAUUUUUACUUAAGUACUUUACAUCACUGUUCUCAAGUGAACUGUCAAGCUGGCAUGGAUGCAUUACACCGAGAUUUAAAUAUUGAUUUGACAGUCUGUUACAUAUCCCAUCAACAAUGAAUAUGACAGCGCUUAUCAAAUAAAGAUGUAUUAUGCCAAACAUGAUAAUUUCCUAUCUGGUUAAUGCUGGCCUGUUGAUGGACUUCAUGAGGAUUCAGCUUCUCAUGGAUAACUAUUUUUUUUAAGACUGGGUUUUUCUGGAUCAAAAAGGGCCUUAGGUGGUGGGCAUAGUCUGUGUCUGAAUUUUUUUGAAAUAUUUAAAGGCACCCAUCUUGGUGUUUUCUUUAGUAAUUUUAGCAUUUUUAAGCCAAUUUCCUGCAAUUCUCCAUGGAGCUGAGAGAGAAUUUUGCAGUUUUAAAGAUAAUUUCCUGCAAUUCUAUGCAUUUUGCCACAGCUAAUGCUGUGUUCUUUUGCUCAAACCUAAUAACAAAAUCAAAAUCAUCACUGUUAAAUUCAUUGUUUUGGGAAUUUUCAAUUCCCCUGACUAUCUAGCUUUCAUUUUGGUAUUUGUUAGUUGUCAAAGAUUAUGGAAAAAAACAAUUGGUUCCAUUUAUAAUUUCUACAUACUUUAUCUGGUUUUAGUAGUUUUAAGUUUACACUGAAAGCGUUUUCCAUCCCGAAAAUUAUUUUUAAAAAACGUGUACAGUUUGGACUGCCUGCCCAAGGGUUUCUUUAGCAGAAAAAUCCCUGAAUGACAUGGCCUAGUAGUUUUGCGAUUCUUAAUGAUGUUUUCCUCUGUGUGUGUGUGUGUGUGUGUGUGUUUGUGUAGGUCCCGCGGGUGUUCAUCGGUGAGGAGUGUGUGGGAGGGGGCAGUGACGUGGCAGAGCUGGACGAAAGUGGGAAACUUGAGGGGAUGCUGCAGUCCAUUGGAGCGCUGCAGUGA